UGGCCGCCCGCCCCCGGGGCUGUAUGCCCCGCUGUCUGGCCGGAGGCUGCACGGCCUCCCCUGCCCUGCCCUCCUCAGGUGGCCUGGAGCUGAGCUGGGCCUUCCUGGCUCAGAAGGGACCAGCAGCUUUCAUCGCCUCAGCCAUGACGCCACCCCAGCAAGCCUGUCGUGCCCCGACUCAGCACACGCAGGAGCUUCAUCCUUGGUUUCAAGGACACCAUUACCAGCCUCGCUGCACGCAUCUCAGCUUAGCUGAGAGCUAAAUGCAAGCCUCCCGCUUGGCCACCUCUCCUUCCCUCUGUACAGAUCAUCUCCCAGAGACCUUCAGGAGGUGCCCCACGCUGUGACCAGCUACAUGAGGCUGAUAAAGGCCACGUUUCUUGCAGGCCGGGCCGUGCAUUAUGUAUGGGAGCAGCGACCUAGCUGCGCGGCCAGCAUUGCCAGGAGGAGCCCUGGAGAGGCGAGAGGGAAGCGAGUCAGGCCGCGGUCAGCUCUACGGUGUUCAGUCAAGGAGGAUCAGCUUUUAACAGCCCCGCACGCACGUAAGGUACGGCGCGACAAGCAGGGUUCAUGGCAUGGAGCAGUCAAGAACGAGGACACCUUCAAGACCUCCCCGUUCCAUUUUGAUCUGUGGUUCUACUUCACUCUGCAGAACUGGGUGCUGGACUUUGGGCGUCCCAUUGCGAUGAUAAUCCUACCUUUGGAGUGGUUUCCUCUAAACAAACCGAGUGCUGGAGAUUAUUUCCACAUGGCUUACAAUGUUAUCACACCAUUUCUUCUGCUAAAGCUCAUCGAGAGAUCCCCCAAGACCUUACCGAGGUCGAUGGUCUAUGUCAGCAUCAUCACGUUUGUCAUGGGAGCCAGCAUCCACUUGGUUGGAGACUCUGUAAACCAUCGCCUGAUUUUCAGUGGCUACCAGCACCAUCUGUCUGUAAGAGAGAAUCCCAUCAUCAAGAACCUGAAGCCAGAGACACUGAUUGAUUCCUUUGAGCUGCUGUACUACUACGAUGAAUAUUUAGGUCAUUCGAUGUGGUACAUCCCUUUUUUCCUGAUACUGUUUAUAUAUUUCACCGGCUGCUUCACCCCUGUGGAAGAGGAGAGCAGGAUGCCAGUGCCUGCCUUGCUUCUGAUGGGGCCCAGCAGCCUUUAUUACUGGUAUCUCGUGACGGAGGGUCAGAUCUUCAUCCUCUACAUUUUCACUUUCUUUGCCAUGAUGGCUUUAGUGAUGCACCAGAAACGCAAAGGACUGGUCCUGGACAGCAAUGGGCUUUUUCUCUUCUACUCCUUCAUCAUAACGUUGGUCCUCAUUGCUGUUUGGGUGGUUUGGCUGUGGAAUGACAAAAUUCUCAGGAAGAAGUACCCUGGCGUGAUCUAUAUCCCCGAGCCGUGGGCAUUUUACACCCUGCACCUGAACAACCUCCACGCAGCAAAGGAAAGUUUCUAAGUUUUGAUAUUUUAGAGUGAUGUCAA